GACCCGAGCUCAUAGAUGACGCGGCCCUCACGUGACAAAGAGUCGACGUGUGCAGAAAUCCGAAUAGUCUGGGCCCUGUUUCCCUGUGUCUGCUCCGUAUUGCUAGAGAAGAAAGAAAGUGACCCGGAUCCUUUCAGGGACCUUUGAUCCAGGUACUGGAGGGCUCACCAGACGAGCAUACCUGUCUGCAGGACUCUGGGUCUCUUGGACGAGACACAAAUCAAGGUGAAGGAAGAGGGAGGAAAAGCCCCUGGAUCCCUGCAGGAUUAAUUUAUUUGAAAAUAAAAUAAAAAAUACUCAACAUGCAAAAGUCUUGUGAAGAAAAUGAAGGAAAACCAGAGAAUAUGCCAGAGGCAGAGGAACACCUCCCUUCAGAAGAUGCAUUACAGGAGGCAGAAGGAAAUCCUCAGCCUUCUGAAGAAACUAUAAGACAGGAAGCAGAAGGAAACCUUAGAGCAAGGCCCGCUCAAACUGGCCAGGAAUUUAAAGAGGACAUUCCAGUUAGGCAUUUGGACCCUGAAGAAAUGAUAAGAGGAGUAGAUGAGUUGGAAAGGCUUAGGGAAGAGAUAAGAAGAGUAAGAAACAAGUUUGUGCUGAUGCAUUGGAAACAAAGACAUUCACGCAGCCGUCCUUAUCCUGUGUGCUUCAGGCCUUGAAUUCUUUUUUGUGUGAUAUUAAAAUCUGGCCCUUGCUUUCUUCCUGGUAGCAUUUUCUGAUGUAUCUUUUUACCUUUGCUUUACUUUUAUUUUUGGUAUUUCAUUUUUGAUUUCUUGUUACCAGCAUCUCAUUGGAUUUUGAAGUUUGCCAUUUUCCUGGUUUAUUUUUCAAUUAGAAAGUUUCACACAUAUGUAUGGAAAUAUGUUCAUUCUAUGUUACAUAGUGAAACAUAAUAGGUUACAAACAGCAUAUUUGAUAUCAGCUCACAUAUAUAGUAUGAAAUUCCAAAUUGUGUGUGCGUGCACAAUGUAUAUACAUAUGUAUCUCAAAAACCUAACUGUGCAAAUUUCUUUGUGGUGCAAAGUUUUGUUUUUGUUUUACUUUUUGCUUAUGUGUAUUUUUUUAAUGCACACAUAUCUCACAUACACAAAAAGUUGAGAAUUUUUUUAUAAGAGUUAAUAAUUUGCAACCAGCUUAAGGGCAAUGGGGGCACUUGAACUCCUGAUGAAAGAACUAUAAAAAAGAAAUGUAAGUCUCAAAUUACCUCUGCAUCUCUUAGCCAGAGGAAUAAAACUGGCAAUAUUGAAAGAUACACUUGCUU